CACAGACAGAGGCCUGGAUCGCUAAAACUGAACUUCAAGUAAUUGAAAUGCAACCACCUGAAGUUUACAGCUGUCUUUUGGGGAGACAUUGCAUUAGAUGAAGAAGAUUUAAGAAUGUUUCAUGUCGACAGAACGAUAGACCUCACACAACAUACACACUCAAGACACACGUCAGGUGGUUUAGGGGAGCAUGACAUCAUGAAGAGGAAAGGAUCACUAUUUAUGCUUUUAGACAGGAUACGGAGGCUUGCGUUUGACAAUGGGCAGAAAAACACAAGCAGAGAAACAGGGGGCCCGAAAUCCGCAGGGCGGAUGCUGAGGAGCAGAGUCCCACGGGCGGCCACCUCCAGGGCCGAGCGCAUCUGGCCUGGGGGCGUCAUCCCAUACGCCAUCGGGGGUAAUUUCACCGGUACCCAGCGCGCCAUGUUCAAGCAGGCAAUGAGGCACUGGGAGAAGCAGACGUGCGUCACGUUCAUCGAGAGGACGGACGAGGAGAGCUACAUUAUCUUCACGUACAGGCCUUGUGGGUGCUGCUCUUACGUGGGACGGCGGGGGAACGGUCCCCAAGCUAUCUCCAUCGGCAAGAACUGCGACAAGUUCGGCAUCGUGGUGCACGAGCUGGGUCACGUGAUCGGCUUCUGGCACGAACACACGCGGCCCGACCGGGACGAUCAUGUGACCAUCAUCCGAGACAACAUCCAGCCAGGUCAGGAGUAUAACUUCCUGAAGAUGGAACCGGGAGAAGUGAAUUCCCUCGGGGAGCCAUAUGACUUUGACAGCAUUAUGCACUACGCCAGGAACACCUUCUCAAGGGGUAUGUUCCUGGACACCAUUCUCCCCUCCCGUGAUGAAAAUGGAAUAAGGCCAGCGAUUGGUCAACGGACUAGGCUCAGCAAAGGUGACAUCGCCCAGGCCAAGAAGCUGUACAGAUGUCCAGCCUGCGGACAGACGCUACAAGAUUCCACCGGCAACUUCACAUCUCCUGGAUACCCCAACGGAUACCCAUCCUACACGCACUGCGUUUGGAGAGUAUCGGUGACGCCUGGGGAGAAGAUCGUUCUGAACUUCACCACAAUGGACCUGUAUAAAAGCAGCUUGUGCUGGUAUGACUACAUCGAAGUCCGAGACGGAUACUGGAGGAAAGCUCCGCUUCUCGGCAGGUUCUGUGGCGACAAGGUGCCUGAGGUUCUGGUGUCCACCGAGAGCCGGAUGUGGAUCGAGUUUCGCAGCAGCAGUAACUGGGUGGGGAGGGGAUUUGCGGCCAUGUACGAAGCCAUCUGCGGAGGUGAGAUCAACAAAGACGCCGGUCAAAUCCAGUCGCCCAACUACCCCGACGACUACAGGCCGACGAAGGAGUGCAUCUGGAAGAUAACGGUUUCUGAGAACUACAACGUGGGCUUGAUCUUUCAGGCUUUCGAGAUCGAGAGGCACGACAGCUGCGCCUACGAUUACCUGGAGGUCCGAGAUGGGCGCUCAGAGAACAGCCCCCUGAUUGGACGCUUCUGUGGCUAUGAUAAACCACAAGACAUCUGCUCUACCUCCAAUCACUUAUGGAUGAAAUUUGUUUCUGAUGGCACAGUCAACAAGGCUGGAUUUGCUGCUAAUUUUUUAAAAGCCGCCUGCGGGGGCCUCCUCUCAAAGCUGAACGGGACCAUCACCACGCCCGGCUGGCCCAAGGAGUACCCCCCCAACAAGAACUGCGUGUGGCAGCUCGUGGCCCCCGCUCAGUACCGCAUCUCCAUGCAGUUUGAGUUCUUUGAGCUGGAGGGAAAUGAAGUGUGCAAAUACGACUACGUGGAAGUGCGCAGCGGCCUCUCGUCCGACUCCAAGCUGCACGGGAAGUACUGCGGCACGGACGUACCCGAAGUCAUCACCUCCCAGUUCAACAACAUGAGAAUCGAGUUCAAAUCCGACAACACAGUGUCCAAGAAAGGGUUCAAGGCUUACUUCCUUUCAGACAAGGACGAGUGCGCCAAGGACAACGGGGGCUGUCAGCACGAGUGUGUCAACACCGUAGGAAGCUACGCGUGCCAGUGCCGCAAUGGAUUCGUGCUGCACGAAAACAAACACGACUGCAAAGAAGCGGAAUGCGAGCACAAAAUCCACAGCCCCAGUGGGACCAUCAGCAGCCCUAACUGGCCUGACAAGUACCCCAGCCGCAAGGAGUGCAUCUGGGACAUCACCGCCACACCCGGCCACCGUGUCAAGAUCUCCUUCAGCGAGUUCGAGAUCGAGCAGCACCAGGAGUGCGCCUACGACCACCUGGAGGCUUUCGACGGCAACAGCAACAAGGCAGCCAUCCUCGGGCGCCUGUGUGGCAGUAAACUCCCGGAGCCCCUGAUCUCCACGGGCAGCAGGAUGUACCUCAGGUUCAUCUCCGACGCCUCCGUGCAGAGGCUUGGCUUCCAGGCCACUCAUUCCACAGAGUGCGGUGGAAGACUGAGGGCGGAGCCCAGGCAGAAGAACCUGUACUCCCACUCUCAGUUUGGGGAUAACAACUACCCAGGACACAUGGACUGCGAGUGGAGGAUAACGACUGAGAAGGGCUACAGCAUUGAGCUGACCUUCACCACGUUCGAGGUCGAGGAGGAAGCGGAGUGCGGCUAUGAUUACAUCGAGCUGUUCGAUGGUUACGACAGCUCGGCCCAGAGGCUGGGCCGCUUCUGUGGAUCAGGGCCCCGAGAGGAGAUCUAUUCUGUCGGUGACACCAUGCUGCUGCUUUUCCAUAGUGAUGACACCAUUAGCAAGAAGGGCUUCCAUAUACGAUACACCAGCACCAAGUUCCAGGAAGCCCUGCAUACCAAAAAAUAACAAUUAAAAACAAAAAAAAAUCCAAGAACCUCAAAGCACCCCAAGUUUUUUUAUAGGCUGAAUGAAACGCCCCCUCUGCUGGUGGGGGAGGAAAAGGCAGUUGACGAUAAACCAAAAUAAAACUGUUGUAUCCUUCAUAGGAGAGACUAGCGGUGAUUGACAGACGUCAAGUAGUGAUGUCCAUGCUUCACCAUGAUGGACGCUGGGAAAGGGUCAUGUGACUUGACUGAGGCCCUUGCGGUACCCUAUCUGCACCAGGCUGUCAUAUCGAUAUGAUGAAUCUGACUCAGCUGAUGCGACACGGACCCGCGGCAGAAGCAGCGUUACAUUUAUGAGCAUAUAAAAAUAAAGCGGAAAAGGGCCUUUAUUUUUUUGUGCUGUAUUUGUAAUAUUUCUUGCCUUGAUCUAAAGUAUUGCGCUUCGGCACGCACUCUAACAUGAAAAACCCGACAACGUGCCCAUGUAAAAAGUUGGCUGAAUACCUGCGCGUCCGUUCUUCAGCUUUAGUAUUAUGAAUUAAAGACCCUCGUAGAGAGACGUGGAUCAAGACUGCAGCAGGAGAUCCCUGCUACUGCGUACCUCUGCCGUGCUUAAACGCCACUGGGCGCGUCGAGAAACCGAAGAACGUCGGCCAACGAAAACGGCGUCCGGAGAUUCCGUCUGAUGACAACUUUAAUCUUCACAGAUGCUACAAGCCAAAAUGUACUUCAGGUGUGAAGCCAAAAGGUCCCAUUAAGAGUGCACACGUUGUGAUCAAUUCCAAAUGCCUUCGAUGCCCACAGACUUGUUAGCUAAAUCAGCAUUUUACAUCUCAAAACUGUCUCGAUGAUUAUUGGGUUUUUUUGUUUGUUGUUGUCUUAAAUGACAUUAUAAGUUCAUGCAUGAGGAUGGAUAGGGAGGAAGCUUCGCUGCUUCUUUUGCUAUUAGCUGUGGCACAUGUCCAUCAAAAAAAAUGUUUAGGGGAAAAAAACAUAUUAGUGGAGCCGUGCAUAUUGUAUUUUCCAUCUGUGUCCACUUUGUGUUGUUCUGCUACUGCAGUACUGUGCUCUUGUUGCGCACUUAUUGCACAUCAUAAAGGAAAUUCACUACAGGCUCCUGGUAUGGCGAAUUCGUGCCGUGUUGAUUUAGUUCAAAGCAGAUAAAUGCGUUUUCUCGACGACGACGGAUGAAUUCGGAUCAGACUCCACGUCAGCAGACCUGGUUCUCCCUGCACGGCUACAUUCAACGGUCCUGGUUUUUGACCAAAAAAGGGAUUUCUUUUUUUGUUUGUUUGUUUCUUUGUGUUAUUUUUUACAUCUACGUUGAUAAUAAUGGUAAACGACGGAGAAGACGUCAUUCAGGCCUUUGACCGGAUACCGCCUCUGCAGUUCGGAAUACACGCGGAAGGGAAGGACAGGCAGAAGGGAACUACAAUGGUGCUAUAAAUUGUAUACAGGACUUCUGAAAUUCAAUGAGCCAACAACCCGUCGUGUGAAUGUGGAACAGCAUCUGGCUGAACAUCGAGAAUAACGAAACAGCUUCACAGCGUUGGUCCUGUGGAAUUACAACUAUUGCCUUAGUACCAAAUGUAUAUUCUUGCACAUGUCUCUGUAGAUACGUUUGUUGUUGUUUUUUUAUUAUUAUUUUAUUUGAUAAGUUUAAAGAACUUGAACGUUUUAUUGUAAAAAUGAACAAAAAUGUGCUGAUCCACACCCCAGCUCUCUGGGGGAACCUCCUCUAAUGUAUAUUGUGACACAAAGUGGUAUUUCGACAAAGAACUGUGUGUGUUAUGUGAAAUGGGCCGUACCUGAGCCACAGUAAAAGCGUCUGCUGUCUAUGCAUUAUAUGUGUUGUCAGAAGAAUGGGAGAUGGACUUGUGGUAUGGUCAAAGUCUCAUCGUUACAGUGUGUGCCAAGAUCCACUUUAACCUAAUUCUCAGUAGUUUAUGUUAAUUUUCUCAAAUGUUUGUAGCCCGAUGACGGUGGCUUCUACAGUCAUUAAAAGGGUCUGGUGGAAAAAGGUAAA